UUAACCACGUUUAUCGUUAAAGUGAUUUCCGGUAGAAACUUUAAUAUAAAAAAACAGAAGCUGUCAACAAAUUACUUGUCAAUUAUAAUUUAAACGUAAGAUUCUCAUCAUGGCUGGCGCGAUGUUGUUCGAAAGAGCCCAAUCUGUAUCUGAUUCUAAUCGUGAAAAAGAUAUAAUACUGUUAAACAAACUGAAACGCGCAGAGGAGGACGAGGAGAACGAUGAGGAUAUCAAGGCGAAGGAGCAGGAUAUAUUAAACUUGGGCGAAAAAUACAAAAAAGAAGGUAAAGCUAAAGAACUUGCCGAUUUAAUAAAAGCAACAAGACCGUUUCUAAGCUUAAUCAGUAAAGCAAAAGCGGCAAAACUAGUUAGAUCCCUAGUAGAUUUCUUUCUCGAUCUUGAAGCUGGAAUCGGCAUUGAAGUGCAAUUAUGCAAAGAAUGUAUAGAAUGGGCGAAGGAAGAAAAACGCACUUUUCUUCGCCAAUCAUUAGAGGCUCGAUUAAUCGCCCUCUAUUUCGAUACUGGUAUGUUUACGGAAGCGCUUCAACUAGGAUCAACUUUAUUAAAAGAAUUAAAAAAGUUAGAUGAUAAAAACCUUCUCGUCGAAGUGCAACUAUUAGAAAGCAAAACUUAUCAUGCUUUGAGUAAUUUGCAAAAAGCUCGUGCCGCCCUCACAUCAGCUCGCACGACCGCAAAUGCCAUCUAUUGUCCGCCCAAAAUGCAAGCUUCGCUGGAUUUACAAUCAGGUAUUUUACACGCGGCCGAUGAAAAGGACUUUAAAACGGCCUAUUCUUACUUUUACGAAGCGUUUGAAGGUUUCGAUAGCGUUGAAUCGCCGAAAGCUUUAACGGCGUUAAAAUACAUGUUGCUUUCGAAAAUCAUGUUGAACAACCCCGAAGACGUUCAGCAAAUCGUUAGUGGUAAAUUGGCGAUUAAAUACGCCGGUCGUGAUAUUGAAGCGAUGAAAAGUGUCGCUCAGGCUUCUCAUAAACGCUCCCUAGCCGAUUUUCAAAUGGCCGUUAAACAAUACAAAGCGGAAUUGGAGGAUGAUGUGAUCGUUAGAGCACAUUUGGGAACUUUAUACGACAAUAUGUUGGAACAGAAUUUGUGUCGCAUUAUUGAACCUUAUUCAAGAGUCGAAGUCGAUUAUAUCGCGAAAACUAUCAAACUUCCAAUGCCACAAGUUGAGAAGAAAUUAUCGCAAAUGAUUUUGGAUGCGAAAUUUCAUGGAAUUUUAGAUCAAGGUGAAGGUGUCUUAAUAGUGUUUGAAGAAACAGCAGUAGAUAAAACAUAUGAAAUGGCAUUAGAGACGAUACAAAGCAUGAGUAAAGUGGUGGAUACGUUAUAUCAAAAAGCGAAAAAGUUGUCAUAGGUUCACAUUUUUCUCUAAACUAAGCAGAUAGCUGUAAAUUUUAUUAAUCUUAUUAUUAAAAAAAAAGAAACAGACUGUAUUUUUCCUACUUUAACGAGAAACGAUUAUAGACAAAGCAGAUUUGUUAUUUUUGUUUUCUCUGUGUCCCACCAACCCUCACGCGCGUUCUGUUGUCUCUUUAUAGGAUGUAAUUUAAUCUAUAUUAUGGCUUUACGUUAUCUCUCAACCCCCUCGAACAAGAACCGUUUAAUUUUUUUUUAUUAGUUUGUCUACUUGUUUCGAAGAGGCGUUCUUUAACAAUUCUAUUUGAUGUGUAAAUAUAUGAAAAAAAAUCAAUUAACUGAAGUUAGGAAUGGGUUUUUAUUAACCGUGUGAACUACUUAAUAAAAUUGAAAUAAAAAGAUUUAUUAAAAAA